GACCAUCUUGUCAAAACUGGAGUUAGUGACAAUAAAUAAAUAUUAUAAAAUGUCCUAAAUCACUCGUAAUGACUUAACUUUUGUAUCGUAUCUAAUAAAAUCGAGUGCAUAGUUCGUCAUAGUGCUAUUUUUAUCUCGUUAAUAGUAAAUUUUCCUUUAUAAUUCGGGUUUGUGCUGCGUCAAAUGACGUCAUGUGUGUGAUACACGUAUCGCUGCCGAGUUCACAGUGAAGAUGCAAGAGCAGAUAACAGACGGGGAGCCGGCGCACCAUGCCCGGCGUCCCAUGAACGCCUUCCUUAUAUUCUGUAAACGCCAUCGUAGCGUCGUCAGGGACAAGUAUCCGAACCUGGAAAACAGAUCCAUUACCAAAAUUCUAGGAGAGUGGUGGGCUAACUUGGACAAAGAAGAGAAAGCUUGCUACACAGGUCUUGCUAAACAGUACAAAGACGCGUUCUUCAGCGCCAAUCCCGACUUCAAAUGGUACAAGCUACCCGCACCGCCCCUUCGUACUCUGUCCGCUCGACCCCGAGACUCCUCUGACAAACAAGAGUCGCCCUUGGACUAUCACGAGGAAUAUGAAAGGACAAACAACAACUCCACGAGAAUAGACUUCAACAAAAAAUCAAACGUCACUGAAAGUGAACCGAAAGAGACAUCUAUGUUCACACCGGGCAAGCUAGCCGAUGAAGCUCAAAUGGGGGGCCUCAGCAGCCUCCUCAUUCAGAAGACUGAAAACUCAACUCCAAACCCAUUUUACUCACCUCCCUCUUUUAAGUUCAACACGAUCUCAACUUCAGCGGAAUACAGAUCUCAGGGUGUAGACGGACCGAAACCAGAGAAACAAGAUAAUAUACGUGAACUACAGAAUGCUUUAACUGAAACCACUAAGAUAUUUAGUGAAGAAUUCGAAAAUAAAGAAUUGUAUUACAACUCAAACGAACCUAACGACCAGAUUACUAACCAAGAUGUGAUAGAUCAAAUAGUUGAUAAGCGUUAUUCAAAAGAAGAUGACGGGUAUAACAGAAACUGGUCGGACGAUGAGAAGAAUUCGAAGUCGGGGCGGUCGUGCAAGGGCAAGCGUUACCAAGAAUUCAUGGCAGUCGGGGGGCUCUUAGUUAAGCGGCAGAGGAGAGAAUACGAUAGAAUGGACGAAGGCUAUAACGCUACGUGUAGCUGGGAUCUGGCUAACUAUCAAGAUGAAUUCACUGACCCUACGAAAUCAAACUCAAUCGACACAUCGACUGAAAGCGAAAGAAGUGACGCGAUCCAAGCGUCAGAAUCAGACAACAAUACAAACAAAACAUUCAAGGCGGCUGACUUUGACUUAGAUGCGAAAAUCAAAGCUCUGCCCUCACUUAGCUUGGAGAAGUUUCAACAGAAAAAACGCGAUAACAAGCGCAAGAAGAAAACCAUCAAUCUAAAACCAAAAGCGUUGGAGUCGUCUCAAAUUAUCAACUCGGUCCCUCGCCCUCUAAUUGACGAGCGGCGUGAUAUGGCCGAACAUUGGCGGGAACAAGUAAUCGGUAGUCAGAAAAGAAAACCAAGAAAAAUUAGUAUCACACGACUCGAAAUAAACAGUUUAGUUUCCAAUUCUAUAAACGGAGGUAACAAAAUAAGUCCAGAGAUUAAAAUAGCCACCGAGGCGCCUAGCAGCGUCGUUCAUAACAUGGAGAUUUGCAAUCACACGCAGCAUGACGUGGACUUAUUCGCGCUGGCAACACUCGCGGAGGUCGCGGCUAAUACGUCUAAAAUUGAGGAGUCAAACACACUCGCCAAAGUGAGUGACCCUUCCACGGUAUGAAAUGCCGGACUAGCCUUAACAAGAUUCCAAAAAUUAUUUACUUUAAAUCAGAAAAUAUUUAUAUAGAUCUACUUUUACAUUACGCAUAAAAGAUAAUUGUACACUUUGGUAGGUUUUAUAAAUUAGAAAUAGAAUUUAUUUAUAUAGAAGAACUAUAUGUAUACUUAGAAGUAGCGAUAAUCUGCUUUUAGAAAGAAUGAGGGUGAUAGAUGUCAGUAAUAAUACAAGGCAUAAUGUAUUUUAUUUAUAAUAUACAUAAUAUUAAGAAAGCAUGCGGUGUACAGAAUGUUAUGUCGCCAGUUAAGAGCAUACUGUAUUCCGGCCAUUCAUCACAAUAAUUUUAAAAUGCCAAAAAUAAGUCAUCAUAAAUUUUGAACCUCAAAUACCUACACCUAUAGUUAGUAUGUACGUCUGCCUUAGAGUUGAUUUCGCUAAUCAACUAAAUCAUUUUUGGGGAGCCUGUGCCGAAAUUCUUUUAUCUCGGUAUCAACGUCUAUGAUCGGUGGAAUCAGCACACGUCUUGAAAUUAAAUCGAGGCAAUUGUCUAUGACUGCGUUGCAUUUUUUUUUAUUAAUUCUAAAGUGCAAUUAAAUGUACACUUUUAUAUUAAAUCAUCACCAAUGUUAGGUAGUAUGAAGCGGCAAAAAAUUGUCUGUUACUUGUUGAUUUUAACCGUGUAUAAGUCGAUAUUACCAGCACCUAACACAUUAACGAGUUAAACUCGUCACGUAUAGCUUGUGAUAAUUUUUUAUUUAGUUUUAAUUUUAAAAAAAGUUGUUCGUUUCUUUAUCUUUUUUUGAGACCUGCUAAAGUAUGAAGUCCGCCGACUUUCGAUGACCCGUUUUCAUCAACAUAAACACACAGGUGUACUUGGGUCUUAAAUACUUUGCAAUGUCCCAAUUUGGUACCUGAUUUAAAAAAAAAACUUUAUGGACUUUGGCAUUGGUCGUCGACUUUUACUUUUAUAAGCUACGUUUUUGCGGAACAGUGUUUCUCAAAUGUUGGUUUUUUUAAUUAUUUUAAUGGAUUUAUUUAACGACUUCUGUGAUGUUAUUUUAAUCAGAAGUUUAAUGGUGCGUAGCUUUCGUUGCAGGUCUAGUCUAGAAUAGUAUUCUAAAGAAUAAUAUUGAGUACUAAAUUCUAAAGUGCACUUAUAUUAUUUAAAUCUUACAAAAGAUGACACAAGCCAUAAUGUGACAUGCUCAUCCAAAGACCAAAUGUAUUUAUAGUAUAGAAGAUAGGUAAUAACUUAGGAUCAUGUAUAUAUUAAAGUGGUAUAUAAUAUCAUAUUCAGGUGCAGUGGGAUAUUGGCAUUCCAAAGUAUAAUUUUCCUUCAUGGCUUGAUUUAUGGAAUGUGAUUGUAAUUUUGUGAGCUUUUUGUGGUUCAUUAAGGACUUUCAAAUGUCAAUCAAUGUAACUUUGUUGUAUAUCUAUAUUAACAAUGGUUUAAACUUACAAACAUUUGUUUUGUCUUAAAGAGACCUUUUUUUGAAUGACAGUUAGAUGUUAAGAUAUGUGGGGCCAUGUUGAAGGUAAAUUAAGGCAUAGAGUAUUUAUCGUUAACAUCCUUUACAUUUUAUACAUUUUCUAUAUUGUGGUGAGCUUAUAAAUAUAUAUUUUAAAUUUUUAUAUGAAUAUGGUGCUGUCAGAUCUGCGUUAAGUUAAUAAGAGUUUUAGUGAGAGAAUAUUUUUUAGCAAUUGAGGUGCAUGAUGUGUCAUAUGAAUUUUUUUAUCAAAACUAAAAAGAUACCUUCCUUAAGCUUUGCUGGAUGCAUCAUCUUCCACAAUUGUUUAUCACCUUUUCAAAACUUAUAUUUACCUAAUUAGGAGUUGGUGAUUGUUACUGUUAGUCAUAUGAAUAAUAUUAAUUUUAAGACCGCAAAUUAUUUCAUGCUGUGAAUAUGUUUGUUAAUUACUUGUCCAUACAGUAAGUUCAGCACAACUUUGCGUGUUACUCAUAUAUGUGUAAGAAUUAGAUAUAGUGAAUGUAGUUUUUUUGAGAAACACUGGUCUUAAUUUAGGGCAUAAUAAGUCAGCUCCCAAAGUAUUUUGUUGAAUGUUUUGUUACUAGCAAGAAAAGUUGAUUAAAUACUUUUAUUAUUGUAGUAAUAAAGUUUAUUC